ACCACCAAGCUAUAACCAAACGCAAGGUCUUACAGAACCUUCAGUGGAUCCAUCGUUCUCUGUAUCUCGUAAAAUAAUUUCAAAAUAUUUCCAUAAUCGGAAUUAAAAAUUUUUUUAGACAAUUAAAAGAAAAUUUAUCUUAAAGUAUCAGCUGUCUUGUUAAAGUUUUCCAAGAAAAAUGUUUUUGAUAAUUAGUGGCUAGUAGCUUACAUGACAAUUAAAUGGCACUAAGCUUGACAAGUAUAUUUAAUAAGACGUAAAAUAAUACUUUCUUUCAUCAAAUAGUUUCUCCGAGGAAAAUUUUAAUUGCAAAUGCGACAGGUGACUGGCCGCGAGUACCUGCAGCUGCGAUUUGUCCUCGAUGCACAACGUUCAUCAUCACUGUUGCAGUAGCACGUCGGUCUACGAUUACUCAUCUUAUGGCAUUAAUGCUCUUUUUAUUAGGGUGUUGGCCAUGUUGCGUGAUACCAUACUGCACGAAUUCUUGCGACAGUGUGGAUCAUUAUUGUCCUAUCUGUCGCGCGCAUCUUGGAACUUACACACCAUGAAACGUAUUGAGAGUCUUAAGAUGAUCAGAGAUCAAUCAUUGAUUGCGCUUUUGAUAUGCUUGAUUUUGCUUCACACUUACAUAGAUGCCUGGCACAAUCGCAGCAGGCACAGAAUCGCGGAUAGAAGACGAAUGUGGCAAAUAAAUGGUAAUAGACCUGCUUUUACCACCUCAGGAAUAAUGAAACGUAAAUGGGAAUCGUCAGAAUUUCAAAAUAAUAAUCUCACUCAAAAUAUUAGAGAGAAAAGACUCUUCUCGCUGUUCACACUGGUCAAGUUCGAGAAUAAUAUCUGCGGCGGAUUAAACGGGGAGAACGGCACGUGCGUUGCAGCGGCGGAAUGCGCGCAGCGUGGCGGUAUCUCCAGCGGCAUUUGCGCGAAUGGCUAUGGAGUUUGUUGCAUAGUCACAGUAUCCUGCGGUGGAAUGACAGCUGACAACAACACGCAUUUUGUCAAUCCAAAUUAUCCAUCCACUUUUGAUGGCAUGAAUUCGUGUCAACUGACAUUGGUGAAAUCGCAUCCGGAUGUAUGCCAGUAUCGGUUGGACUUUGUACAAUUCAAUAUUAGGGGUCCGGAAACAAUGAAUAACGUCUGCACUUAUGAUCAAUUCAUUGUUUCCGGCGGUAAUCCGGUGCCAACGAUAUGCGGUAACAAUGAUGGAAAUCACAUGUAUAUAGACACGGGUGUCGGGCAAACUAAUCCGGUUACCUUGACUUUUGUUACGAAUGGCAAUUCUUUUCCACGAUCAUGGAAAGUUCGAAUCUCGCAGAUACGAUGUAGUACGAUAUAUCGAGCUGAAGAGGGCUGUCUUCAGUAUUUCACCGGUGUCUCUGGUCAAAUAAAAUCCUUCAACUACGAUCCUACGGCCGGACUACAAUUGUCGAAUCAAGAUUAUAGUAUAUGUAUCAGAAUGGAAAGAAAUUUUUGCGGCAUUCAGUAUAUGGCGUGUACUGAUGAUGCUCAAGGAAUAAUAAUGCCUACCACAUUUGGUACUUCGGGUCAACAAAUAAUGCGUAGCAACGCAUUCACGCUGACGGGUAAUACGCAAACCACGCAAAUUGUGUCGAUGACAGGUACAUCCUGUACAACCGAUUGGCUAUCGAUACCCUGUGCCACGAAUCUAGGUCGGAUAACCACGAGUCCAUUGACAUGCGUCGAUCGAUUAUGCGGCGGUACUUUCAAUUCAGAACCGCAAAACUUUAACGCGUCUUCUGUUAUUAGCACCGUGAAACCAUUCAGAUUGAUAUUUCACACGGAUAGUACCGAGGGACCUGUUGACGUUGGAAAUAGAGGCUUCUGUCUUAAUUAUGUUCAACAACCAUGUACGACGAAUUUGAAAUGAAGGCCAUUUUAUUAAGUAUAAUUAAAGAAUUAAAACGUAAGUUUAUGGAACCUUAAUUUUUAUUUCAAAAUUUGUAACACACAUAUUUUUUUGUAACCAUAUUGACAUACGAAGAAUUCGCUUAAAAAGCAGUCGGUAAUCUAUUGUUA